AUGUUCGCCACAGUUAUCCGCGCAGCGGAGACGGGGCGUAUCCCCCUCUCCCUCUCACAGGCUUCGGCCCAGGUGCUGCCGCCUCUUCCCCUGUAUCGCCGCCUUCUCCGCGCGCACCGCCUGCUCCCCGCCGAGAUGCGCUUCAUGGGCGACGCGUACAUCAAGUCCGAGUUCCGCGCCACGCGCUCCACCGACAACCCACUGCACAUCAUGGCCUUCCUCACCCAGUGGAAGCGGUAUCUCGACGAGAUUGAGCCGGCGCUCAAGGCCGACGGCGGCGCGGCGCUGUGGUCGGGCCGCAAGCUCGACACCGAGGUGAUGAACACGUUCAGCAACGAGCAGGUCGGCCAGCUGUACGAGCUGAUGCACGCCACGGGCGAGGUGUGGAAGACGACCGAGCAGCUGGAGCAGGAGGCGCGCGACGCCGAGGCGGCCGCCGGCGUCAAGAGCGAGGACAAGUAG